GCGGCGGCCAUGGCGCCUCCUGAGCGCGGCGGCAAGAUGCAGUGACACCUUUUUCCUGAUUACAGAAGUUGCUCAAGUUUUUGUUGAUUUGAGGACACUGCUGGAGACAACCUCUGUGGGCAAGUAUGGGCUGCCGGGACGUUCAUGCGGCGACCGUGCUGGCCUUCCUCAGUGGCACAGCCUCGGUAGCCGGGCUGCUUGCAGCAGUUCUGCUUCCAAACUGGAGGCAGAUGAGACUGUACACGUACAACAAGAACGAGAGGAACGUGACGGUUUACACCGGACUCUGGAUUAAGUGCGCGCGCUUCGAUGGGAGCAGAGACUGUGUGAUCUAUGACCCGCAGUGGUACACGGCUGUGGAUCAGCUGGAUUUGCGUGUUCUUCAGUUUGCCCUUCCUCUGAGCAUGUUCACUGCUGUCUCAGCUCUGUUCCUCUGCAUGAUUGGCAUGUGUAACACGGCCUUUGUAUCCACCGUGCCGAACGUCAAGCUGGCCAAGUGCCUGGUAAACAGCGCAGGCUGCCAUCUCGUGGCCGGCCUCUUGUUCCUGCUUGCCUGUGCCAUUUGUCUCAUUCCGUCCAUCUGGGUCAUUUUUUAUAACAAUUAUCUGAACAGGAAAUACGAGCCCAUCUUCAGCUUUGACAUCUCUGUAUUUAUUGCCAUUGCCAGUGCUGGCGGUCUGUUUUUCACUUCCAUCAUGCUGUUCCUGUGGUACUGUGCAUGCAAAAGCCUCCCUUCUCCUUUCUGGCAGCCCCUGUAUUCCCACGCCCCCAGCAUGCACAGCUAUGCCUCUCAGCCCUACUCCGCACGUUCUCGCCUCUCUGCCGUAGAAAUCGACAUUCCUGUUGUGACACAUUCAUCUUAAGGAGACAAAGCCUUGGAAGCCGAGUUCUUGUGCUCGUUCAAGCCAUGAAAAUUGUAGGCUUGAUUCUCUGUGCUGCCCUGCACUGAGCAUAAUUCUUUGUAAGGUCAAGUUUCCCAAGGCACAAAGCCAUGGAGGCCUGAGUUCAGCAAGUCUGUUGCUGUUCUGGUCUGUUUGUUACUUAUUGACCA